UUGACUAAUAUUUUGACUUUAUAUCGGAAAGGGCAGAACAAAUGACCUCUUUAUUAUGCAGCAAGUGUUUAAACAAAAGUUGGAAAUAUUAGAUAUAGGAUUCUACGUCAUACGGAGCUUUGUAUUUGCAAUCUUAAAACAACAACAACAACAGGAUCUGCUUGUUUUCAUACAUUGUAUCAAAGACUGGACGUCUAUGUCUGUGUUUGCUGUACGCUGAUUGGUGACUCUGACAAAGGGGCGGGGCUUCGGCAUAACAAUGCAUUUCAAGGAACAUACACGCGCCAAGGAAUGUUUUCUUCUGCUGGGUUACUAACGUUUUCUUAACUCACGUCUAGCGGUAUUUCCUGCUCAGCUAGACGCUGCCGUUAACCGACAGGCCGUUUUACGGUGCCUGGAAUAAGGGGUACCCCUUGCAGCAGUUGGAAGCGUGUGCUAGCUGGCUAGCUUUAGCAGGAGAAUAGCAGCUCCGUCCGACAUUGUCAAAAACCUGUCGGAGGAAACGGCAGGCUCUCAGUAGUCUGGAUAUUCGAGCUUUCACCAGCUGGUGGUCGCCGGUUAGAAACGGUUACAUAUGAGGAUAACUUGAUGGGACGCGACAUUUCGGAGGCUGAAACACCUGCCAUCUCUCCCUCCCACCGAGCAAGCAAACUAGCUAAAAAAGGUUAAGACAAUCAGAGGCCACAUACAAGUGCCUCCACUGUACCGUUUCCUUUCCCAGAGUGUGACUCGUCUGCACGACGUCACCAAUGCGACCAUGGGAAAUAGCAGUAAAUAGGCUGCCACCAACAGCCCCCUUAAACCCGAGGAGGUUCCUUGGAGAGCCCUGCAACGCCCCAGUGCAUCUCAGGAGAAGCCCACCAGUGAGACGCCAGUGGGGGAGAAGAGACAGACCUGUUCUGCAUAGUUCCCUGGUCCAGGAUGAGAAUUUCCAUCAUCUGCUUUUCUCCCAACACCACCAACAGGUUCCUUUAGAUGAGUCCAGACAAUAUAGCCACACCAGCACAGCACCACGCAUGCUUCACCCUGCUGCUCAUCUUCCCCAGCAGAGCCCCAUCAUGGUGGAUCUACAUGACCAGAUGCACCAGGGAUCAGUUCCAAUAUCAUACACUGUUACGACGGUGACAACCCAUGGAUUUCCCAUCCACACCGGGCAGCCCCUUCCAGGGUGCAACACUCAGCAGCUCCCAGCAUGCUCGGUAAUGUUCAGCGGACAGCUCUCUCUGCUCUGCUGCCUUCCUCCUCCUCUCAUACAGGCAUGUACCAUGCAGCAUAUGCCAGUGUCUUAUCAAGCCUUUCCACCCCUGAUCUCCAGCGAACAUUUUGUAUUGCACCCAACCCCAUCUGUGCCCCCCCACCAGCCGCCGCACCUUACUCCUCUGAGCCAGUUUGUCCCUUUACAGCCUCAGCACCCACGCAUGCCUCUACAGAGGGUGGAAAAUGAAGUUGACCUAAGAGGGGACCAGCACCCAUUAGGGACCUUCUCUUACCCUCCAUCUCAUCACCCACCAGCGCUGCCUCCGUCUCUGCCCUUACAGUAUCUUCCUCAAGAGCCUCUGCAUCAGGAGCUUCCCUUUGGAGUGCCAUAUCCACACAUGCUGCCCCGACGAGUGAGUGGACAAAGAUACCGGUUGCAGCAGCCCCUCCCCCCUCCUCCUCCCCCUCCAUCUUACUACCCAGGCUUCCUCCCUUACUUCUUGUCAAUGCUUCCUGUUCCACCAACAGCAGUGGGACCUGCCAUCAGUCUGGACCUGGAUGUGGACGAUGUGGAGAUGGAGAACUAUGAGGCAUUACUGAAUCUGGCAGAGAGGCUGGGUGAGGCUAAACCACGCGGACUCACUAAAGCAGACAUAGAACAACUUCCGUCCUACAGGUUCAACUCAGAGAAUCAUCUAUCUGAACAAACGCUGUGUGUUGUGUGCUUUAGUGACUUUGAGUGUAGGCAGCUACUUCGGGUAUUACCUUGUAACCAUGAAUUCCAUGCGAAGUGUGUGGAUAAAUGGUUAAAGACCAAUCGCACUUGUCCAAUCUGCCGAGCCGAUGCCUCGGACGUUCACCGGGAGGUGGAGUGAGAACUGUCUCUGAGUGCUGAACUUGAACGCUGCACACUCCAGAGUCUGUCCAGAAACUGGGGGCAUCUGCCACCUAACCCGCGUCCUCCAGUAAAUAUAGCUUACCACCCCACUCCUCCUGCCCCUUCCUAAAUAAUAAGCAAAUCCAGGAUCGUCUCUGGAGGCUGUUGUACCUCUGCUGUGCUUCACUGUCCGAGUCUCAUGAAACCCACUGCCUAUUGCAGCUUAAAGCCAGAGGUCUGGGAUUGCCAGCCACUUCUUUCUCUGCCCCCUCGUUGCAGAUUCCAAAGAUUUACCCUACGAUGCAUCUUUUGCUGCUUUUGUUUACAGGGUUUCGUUUUUAUUUGGUGGAUUUGGUUGUGGUGUUCAUGACUAGCAGGAGUCCUGCAUUGGAGGAGGCGAGUCGGGAGUCUGGAGGAUGAUGGGCUGGACACCUUGUGCAAUUAGCAGAAAAAUACUAGGAUUACUUCACCAUGAGUAUCUGUGUUUGGAGGCGACGCCUGACCAUCAUAGAUGCAUGUUUGUGUAGGUGUUGGGCAAAGUGACUUGUUAAUAAUGUAUGUUCUGCAAUAAUGUAUUGAUCAUUUCAACAGUUUUACCCCUUAUUUGUUUUAGAUUUGCCAAUGCUAUUGUGAAAGCGUGACUUGCUGUGGUUAAAUGCAGAUUCUGUAAGCCUGAGGUUAUGGACUGCAAGUGAUGGGACAUGCAACUGUGGGGUAACUCCAGCCCCAAAUUAUCCUCUUUGGAAAACAGAUCUGUUCAGAAGCAGUCAUGGAUUAUUGGACUGCGUAUUUUGAGGUCAUUUGGCAUAACUGCACAAGUGCUACACCCACCCUCCAUGUCAGCAUUGUUCCUCUGGCAAGUGUGUACGUGCGUGUGCAUAUUGUGUGUGUGUAUGUUUGUCCUGUUCACAGAGCCAAUGCAUUGUGUAACCACUGGAUACAGGGCAGCAUGCUAGGAUUUGCAUGAACUGUUGAUUCAGACUAGCAAUAUUUUAAUCAAGCAUUGCCACCAAAUUUAUCAAAUUUACAGAAAAAAGAAGAGUCAAAGAAACAUAUUAAAAGAACUGCUUGCUUAUUCAGAAAGCGCCAUGAGGAAAGAUUUGCAUGUGGUUCCACCCCGACUGUGUUUGAGGACGGGAGUCCUUGUCCGAAGGCUGUGCUGACGCCAUAGAGCUCUGGAGGCCUGUGCAGAAAGCAAUAUGUGCAUUAAGUGGCGAGUUUCAAAUGAACUUUCUUCCCCUUUAGGAAGAUGGGGCUUUUUAUUUCUUUGUUUGUGAGCCAAAUCCAAUAUACAGCUAUAGCCUAUACUGUUCAAGAUUUCAGAUCUGCCUUCUUAUGACCUUGACAAGCACAAACCUAUUACUAAUCCUGAAAACACUUUGUCAUUUCCACUUGUUAUAAAGUAUGCCGUUUUUGUUUUUAAAAAAAGGGGGUUUAUUUAUUGGUUUUAACUUCUAGAGAAAAUUCAUUGAAGGAAACAGUUGGAGCACUAACUAUGUUUGUGUAUGGUAUGUGUUAUAUCCUGGUAACUUGGCUGGGUCAUUGUCUUAGGCCAUGGUAAUGGUGUUGUAAAAGAGCAACUGUAUGUAUAGCUUCAGUGUGAAUGCUUUUAGAUAAACGUUUGAAGACAGAAGAAUGUUGAAAACCUUUGUAGAAGUCACUGGUGACACUCCACUUUAAGCCAGCUGUCAGUGUCCCACAGUGAUCAGGAUGGGGUUCAAAUGACAGCGGAAGUUCAGUAGUGUAGAAACACUGUUAGACUUCUAGUUCCCUGCUUGUGUUCACAAAAGGAAAAAAAACAGGAAACAUUUGGGCUGGUAGGGAAGAGGGCAACAAAUGAACUUUUGCUUUGGAGUCACUCUUGUCUCUUAACUGCCCCAGUAAGCACUAACAGGCAGUUGUUACCUUUGCUUUUAUGUGUAAAGGGAUCUUGCCUUUUUCUUUACUUUUGUUUCUUAAGUGAAUGUGAGUCUUUGAUGUGUGUGCCACC